UGUCCCUCUUCGCCGCUCCUUCCUUUUACCUUUUUCGUGUCUUUAAAAUUCCUAUUGACUCGGCAUCCUUCCGCGUUAAGAUUCUUCUUCUUAUCGAAUUCCUCUGAAUUCUUCAAACAGGAUCUGCUCGUGGAGUCGAAGAUUUUAUUUUAUUUUUCUUUCCUACCGUUUCUCAGCAACCAAACAGAGCGCGAAAGAGGAGGUACGAGAGAGGAGAUCUGAUGGCGGAAGAGCACAGAUGCGAAGCUCCCGAAGGCCACCGGCUGUGCACUAACAACUGCGGCUUCUUUGGCAGCCCAGCCACCAUGAACCUCUGCUCCAAAUGCUACGGAGAGUUACAUCACUCCUCUCCCAAAUCUUCCAUGGAAAUUGCUCUCUCCUCCUCCUCCUCCUCCUCCUCCUCCUCUAUUUCUUCUCCACCGGCUACCGAGUCUCUUCCUCCUCCUCCUUCUCCUCCAGCGUUGACCUUGCCGGAAGUCGCCAGAGAUGUACGGACACAGGCGGUUGUGUCCCGAGGCGACGACGUGGAGGUGGCUGCGACGGCACAGCCGAAUCGCUGUUCCACUUGCAGAAGACGGGUCGGAUUGACCGGGUUUAGGUGCAAGUGUGGGACAACGUUCUGCGGGGUCCACAGGUACCCGGAGAAGCACGGGUGCUCGUUCGAUUUCAAGGCGAUUGGGAGGGUGGAGAUUGCGAGGGCUAAUCCUGUUGUCAAGGCCGAGAAGCUCGAAAAGAUUUAAUUUAAUCAGGACCGCCUGAUUUUACAACCGGAUGAAUUUGAUAAGCUAUGGUGAAUGACCGCGUUGAUCACGAACUUACGGAGUUUCGUUUUAAUGUGUAUUUUCUCUUUGAUGUAAUUUUAAAAUAAGUUUUACGUGGCUUUUUCGUUUGCUUGUAAAAAGAAAAAGGAAAUAUUUAAUCAUGAAAUCGAAUUGCACUUGCAUCUGGGUUCUUCUUUGUA